CGUCUUUGGAUUGAAUAGACGGCGAGGUUAGUUGGUACUUCACUCUUUUGCAUUCCUUUUUUGUGACUGUCUCCAUCGUCGACGCUGCCUAGUCAAGUGACGAAACAUCUUGUCACAAAAUUCUAGAGCCCGUGUAUCUCAUCGUCAUCGUCACCGUCACGAGUACAGAUACGCGCGCUGCCAGACGUAGUUGGAAGCUGACCGGCCAGAACCAAGCUACGACGUAGUCUGCAUGCUCCCCACCAGGAAGUUUUUCUGCGGUGGUCACCUGCCUUCUGGAAUGAGGAACCGCGCGACAGAGGCGAAGAUAGCUUGAACUGAAAGCAUGCUGGAUAGCGACUUGGGCUAUCGACGGGAUUGGAGAGAUUUCGUGCUGAUCCACUCGGGCCAGCAGGAGAUCACUGUCAGCUACUGCACCUUCCGCACUGCCCUGCUGUGCCUCAUCGGCACCUUCUCUAUCACACUGCUCAUCGCCAUCAUCUUCAUUCUGCUGCGAGAGGGGCCGCCGCCGCUGACGCGCAAGGACAUGGUGUGCGAGGUCCGUGAGUGCCAGGAGCACGCAACGCUAGUGGCGAGAACGUUGAACCGCACCCUGGACCCAUGCCAGGACUUCUCGGCGUUCGUGUGCUCCGGCUGGCGGCCGCUGGUCGACUACUCGGACAGCGUCGAGGUGGACGCGCGCGUCCGCUGGACCACUUCGCUCGUGGCGCAGCUCAACGAGGGCCGCGCCGGCCUCAAGAUCAUGAACAAGCCGGAGGCUUUGUAUAGGACGUGCACGCUGCGCUCGCUGACGGACGUGGCGAACGCGACCCGGGAGCUGGCCGCCUUCAUGAACCAGCUGGGUCUGCCCUGGCCCCACAGGCCGCCUAAGCCCGCCGACCCCAUUGACCUGCUCGUCAAGCUGUCUUUCGUGUGGGAUUUACCGAGCUGGAUCAGGCUGUCACUGGUGCCGGGACCUAAGGCGCAGCAGCGCGUAGUCCUGCGUCCCGCGCCGCCCGCGUACGAAAGCCAGAACGAUCUGUCGCGACUCGGCGACCCCAGGCGGUUCCGCGACUACUGGGCCGCCUUCUACCGGGCCUUUUCGGGCCGACUGGCGGAGUUCGACGAAGCGCGGGUGGAGCGUUUCCGGCUGAUGGAGAGCGAAAUCGCUGGUUCGUUCAGGCAGCUGGCGGUCGCCGACACGCAGACGCCCGCGCUGACCACGCUGGGCGUCCUGGCCGAGGGCACUCCCUACAGCUGGGCGGCGGCGCUGAACCGGCACGUGCAAACGCACAGCAAGCUCACCGACAGCGACGAAGUACUGUUGAGCGACAGCCGCCUUCGCGGCACGCUAUCGGACCUGUUGGAGCGCUUCGGCGAGGAUAUCCAAGAACACCUGGGAUGGGCCUUCGUCCAGAAGUACGGCGGCGUGGCGAACGACUCCCUCUACGCGGUGCGGUACCAGGCGAACCAUUUCCAGAGCCGGUACGUGAACUCGUUCGCAUGCAUGCGCGAGACAGAGGACGUGUUCGGCGUGCUCCUAGCGGCCCACUGGCACCAGAGCACCUACAGCCCCCGCGAGCGGCGCCGCCUCGACGGCCUACUGAAUGGCGUCCUGGAUCAUGUGGGCCAGCGCCUGCGCGAUGCCGCCUGGCCAUCGCUGGACAACGGCACGCGCCUCGAGUCACUUCAGCGCCUGCAACAGCUCACCGUCCGCGUCUGGCCCCGCAAGCGUUUCCACAGCGAGCAGGCGCUGCGCCGGGUGUUCCGGCGCUUCCCGAGCACGGCUUACUCGUACGUAGAAAUGUGGAUCAGGUGCCGGCGCCAACUCAGCGCCUUGCUCGUGGGCGACGCGGAGUUCCACCACGAGCAGCACAGGCUGCCGCUCUCAGACUUUGGGCCGCUGGUGCGGUACGACCAGCUCUCCAACAGUGUAUCGGCCGCCAUCGCCGCAUUGGGUGCACCCUUCUACUACGCCUACGGCAUACCGGCAAUGUGGUACGGCGGCUUGGUGUCGGUGUUCGCGCGCGAGGUGGUGCGCGCCAUGAGCCCGCAAAUCGCGCUGAUGAUGCUGCGCAGUCGCUUGGCCUUGCACGCGGCCGCCAACGAAUCGGCAGCGUGCGAGCCCAGCGAGUUUCCCUGGGACCCACCGAACUUGGAGCUGGCCGCGAUGGAGCUCACCUUCGACAUGUGGCAGUACCAGGGCGGAGACUCGUACCUCAAGGAUAUCAACUACACGUCGGCUCAGAUUCUCUUCAUCACUGCUUGCCAUGUGAUGUGCAAGAGAGACUCCCAAGGAAGAAAAACAGCACCUGGUUGCAACGAUGCUAUGCACUGUCACCCGAAGGCUGCGAGACUGGCCAAGUUGAAGGCACUUGAUAUUCCAUUUGUGUACCUGUCAACAAACCUGCCAACUGCAAUUUUUGCGCCAAGUUUUACCCUAAUCUCGUUUCAUUAGGCACUCUGUCAAAAAUGCAAGGUAUCUCCCAAGCAGAUCAGCUGACCUGCGGCAGUGGUGGCAGCCAUUUUGCAUUUUCGUUGGUCAAGCUCACCACGCUUACACGCUCCUCUCUUGUUCACGCUGCUUGGCGAGCUCUCCAACGGAAUGGAGGCACCCUUCCGCUCACAUGCUCGCGGCAGAGUAUUCAGCACAUGCACACUUGCAUCCCCGCUCGCUAGUAGAGUGGAGUGCAGGGAUUGUUCUGCUAAAGCUAUUAAUAUAGUGAACUUGCAUUGAUUUGACUCCAUUUAAUUACAUUUUUUGGUUAAUUUGAUGCCAACUAAAUGUCCUGGCCGGUGCCUAUACAUUUAUUUCUAUGGGCCCAAACUUUCAUUAUUUCAAUCCUAAAAUUGGUCUCGACUUAGAUAAUUCAAACUUGACUGGUCAGCACGCAUGCGCCUGACCCCAAUGCUGACCGUAAUAGUGAUUCCAUUAGCAGCAGAGUCUGUCUCGGCAGUGAUCAUGGGACAGUGAAUGUCUCACACACAUCCAUUUUCACCAAAAAUGCUUAUUUUUAGCCUGCCCAGCGUGAUUUUCAAACAAAUCGUAGCUCACAAAUUAAUAAUUACAGUAUUUACCCGAUUGUAAUACACACCUUAUUUUCCAAGAUUGGUCUGAAAAUUGACUGUGCGGUGCCAUUUGGCUACUAAAUGAAAACCACAUUAGCAAUCACAACAGCCUAAAACCAGAGCCUGCAAAGCCAGUGUCAUCGCCACUGCCAUCACAAGUUGGCAACAGAGAAAGUUCUUGUAUGGCUUAAGACAAUAAUGAUGAGUCGCUUUCAAUCAUCAAUUACGAAAGCGCAUUCAAACAAUGUUAUUUUACAUGCUAAGCUAGCAGAACAAGUCAUGUCACAUGUUUUUGGGAUUCCAGAGAACCACCCGUGUCGCAGGAUAAACUAGCAAAAUGGUUAGUCUAGGUGUGGGUUAUCAUCCCAUUUGUGAUUAUUGCAGAGUCGUUUCAUAAACUCAGAAGGUCCAAUAUGUAACCUAGUGGUUCAUGGCCAGACAAGCACAUUGUGGUUCAUGGACAGUGAUAAACUGCUGUCUGAGAGUGAUGACGUUGGACAUUUAGGGCAAAUAAAGUUCCAUUCUGUAAAGGUAAAAUUUGCUGGUUUCAUCUUCUGUUUUUUAGUAGCACAAGAUUUUUUUAUUGAUUUAAAUGAAAACAGUACAUCACAAAACUGUUGGGCCGAUAGCUUAAGCAAGUAGAAGCCCCUACUUUCUUACAUUAAUAGCUCAUCACGAUAAAGAUUAAGAAAUAAUAGAAACAAGCACUAUGAAAAAUGAAGUACAUGUGGAAUUAUAUCCUUGCCAAUAAAAUGCAUUUAACUGCAAGUUUCAAAUUUUUAGUCACUUUAGUGCUAAGUAGCAAUGUAUUCCAGAUUUUCACAAUAUAAAAUUGCAACGACCACUGACCACAGACAUUAGGAGUGGCAGAGAGAUUGAAAUUUACGUUGCUCGCCUAUCUAAUGCUAGAGGUUGGUACAUUAAACAGGCUUAAUGUCAGUGGGUAGUUGUUUAUGAUGCUAUGGUCGUUACAUGACACCCUUAAUUCAAAUACAAGUAGAAAUGGUAGUAUGCGGGAGUUCUUGAUAAAGUGGUCUGCUUCAAUUGUAUGUGCUAGGGAACUUCAUAAUCCGCAAGGCUCUUUUUAGAGUGCAGCACUUAGGCGGCCGUUCCUGCAGCGAGCACCAGCAUCGGCAUAACUGAGUGAACAGGCAGAACAGUGAAGGAUGAAUGAGCAACACAGAGCGCAGCGGGCAAUAAAAGGCGGCGAUGGUGAAGAAAGCGCGAGGAGUAAAGCAGAGAAGGAGGGUAUCGCGAAAGCAUGUGAAGAAAAGCGUAGUACCACGCGAGACGUGUUCUGUGACAAGCGCUACAAGAUGGUGCCAGAAUACCACACGUCGUCUAUUCACUCCUUUAUCUUUCUUCAGUCAUGGCUUUCCACCGGCCAAUAAAUGUUAAACGUUAUCCCUCGACACGACACACCUGCAUGUAUUGAAAGUUUCUCGAAUUUUAUCAAUAGUUCUAUCCGUUGGCUGUCACCAAAGCGUUUGUAAUCCGAUUGUAUGCAUGACGCAAAUUGUGUAGUACUUUCUGGAAGCCACGCAGGCACCAGCGAUUACACUGUAACCUUCAAUGAGUCAUGUAUAAAAGCCGACACGCUUCAACCGCAGAUCAGAUUUUCGACAAUUGCCGACUCCGCUCGCCACUAUCUUUGUGCUUGAGUGUUACUUUGUUUUGCUGGGCACAAGUUCACCCAAUAAAGAGUUAAAUUUGUAACUCACACUUUUGACACUGUGUCGUUCUUCA